AUGGCUAUCCCUCAGGACGAUCUGGCUGCGCAAGCCGAACCUGGUUUAGUUCUUCCUUUGCACUAUUUCGACAACAGCGCUAUGUUCACAAACAUUACCAUGUACGCAAUUAUGGUCUUUGACGAGGUCUUGGAAGCCGACAAGCUUGCCAAGAGUCUCGAACAACUCGUCCGACGCGAGACCUGGCAGAAGCUGGGUGCAAGAGUGAGGAAGGGGAAAAACGGGCCUGAUCUACAUGUGCCGCGGAAGUUCUCCCCCGCCCGCCCGGCUAUUGCCUACACACAUCUAUCUUACGACGUGGCCAAAGCAGACCACCCUGUGGCAUCUCGCAUGCCCAGUUCCGAAUCGGCGCCCACGGACCGCCCUGCUCUUGUGGGAAAUCCAGAGGAUUGGGCCGAAUUGUGCUGUGGCGCUGACGGGCCGAAGUCACUCCAAGACUAUGUCGGCUCAGAUCGACCCGUCACUGGCCUCCACAUUGUCUCAUUCAAUGAUGCCACCAUUGUCACUCUGCACUGGCUUCACGCUGCGGCCGAUGCUAUGGCCCUGAAGGCAAUCUUGGAUAACUGGGCGUUGAUCCUUCGAGGCCGGGAGGACGAAGUUGCCCUUCUGCAUGGGUUUGACGAGGACCCUUUGCGCGAGCUGGGAUGUCACCCAACAGAGCCUUACGAGCUGGCAGGCUCCGAGUUGUCAAAAUUGGGUACCGCAGAGUACGUGUUGAGGAAUGGCUACAAUAUCCUCAUUGGGCAGAAAGAAAACCGGACAGUGUGCAUUCCGGCCGCUUUCCUGGCCAAGCUUCGGGAAAAGUCACUGCAGGAGCUGAGGGACGCGGGCCAUAAGAACCCGUUCCUAACUGACAACGACAUUAUCACAGCCUGGUUCUCGCGCCUCGCCUUUUCUCACUUGCCCUCUGACAAGCCCGUGACCAUCAUGCAGGCCAUGUCUGCCCGGCGCGCGCUCGAGCAGGACCUCCUACCCCCGGACAGGCUCUACGUCUCCAACUGCCUGAGCUUCACGAGUGUGCUCAAAACCAAGAAGGAAGUCGACCAGUCCCUGGGUAUUUUGGCUGGCGACAUUCGACGCGGCAUCAACAGGCACGGCACUCGCCAGCAGAUCGAGGCUUUCCAGAGCAUGGUCAGGGCUAACGAGUGGCCGCUGGGCCCGAUGCCCAUUUUCUUCGGCAAGCCAAACAUGCACCACAUUGGCUUCUCGAACUGGACCAAGGUCAAGACCUACUUGACUGAUUUCUCGGCGGCAGCUGUGACGAAGCGGGAUACGCCUCUGUUCCCGACGUUUGUCUCGCAGAUCCAGACCGGCAUCCCUUAUCCUGAUGGGUUCUUGAUUACCGGGAAGGACUCUCAUGGCAAUUAUUGGCUUGAGGGAUACCGGCCUGAUAGACUGUGGGCACAUGUAGAAAAAUUGCUGAAGGCGGGUAUUUAA